UAUACUGGGACUAAUAUCGCUUAAAACGGCAUUCAGCAAGCCACAGCAUAACCAAAAUGUCGACGAAAUACAAAAUCCAAACAUGGAUGGAUUUCUUGAUUUCAAAAAUCUUUCCGGUCUCUUAAUGAUUACCGUGCUACUGCUCGAACUCAUUUUGACUUGAUAUAAUACAAUUAUGAUCAACUAAAAUUUACUCUCACAUCAUGAAAUGUACGUAUAUUCAAACUUGAUAGGUUUUUAACAAAAAAAUGCUAAAAUAUUACGUGUAACACAUAACUGUCAGAUGGCAAAGCAUUCUUGAAAAAUGCGAAUUAAAAAGAAGAUUAUUUUGGGUUAGUAUUUUGAAAAUGUCAAGUGUCCUUAAUCAUACAUUUUUCUUCAUCAAAUUGUUAGAGUCUAGUCAUGAAAUUGCCUUUCUACACUGUUUUCGGUCCAUCUAUAAGACGAAAUUACAGGACACUCAAAACUGUGUGCUCUUAUAGAUUUUUGAACACGUCUGUUAUUUAUGCUGGAUUUUUAGGAUUUAUAGGACUAAUUUUAAGUUUAUUUGACGUGGUAAGGAUAAUAAAAGCAGGACCUGUCUUACCGUGUGUUAUGUGGAGAGCUCGUAUAAGAACAGGGAGCGUAGUAAGCCCAGAAUGUGAGAGGGAUUUUAGGCUUAUGAGUUUAGUGUUCUCGCUGGAAUACUAUUUUCUUUUAAUUAUAGGAACAGCUACGAGCAAAUUAAAAAAAGGGAGGCACAUCCCAAUUUACGAGAAUCUGGCCACUAAAGUUUGUUGUGGUAGAUUGGGGUGA